CUGUUUAGAAAACCAAAAUCCAAGAAAAAUCUACGGAAACACGAACCGGCUGCGGAUGACGAAAAUGAAAGUGAUACAGUUGGGACAUCUAUCAAAUUAGAGGCGGUUAGGGAGCUUCAAGAAAGUCGCGUUCGUCAUAAUGGCUUAAAUGCUUUGGAAUGUGCCUUAGGAAAGGAAUUAGCAGCUGAGUUUGCUGCAAUGGAUGAUGAUCCUUUUCGUCAACGUGGUGGUGGUAUGUUAUGUCUGUCGGAAGGUAGACAGGCACAGAUGCAAGCAGCAAAUAUCGAGGCCGGAAUCCGAGAUCAAUUCAAAAAAGAAACUUUUCUUCGUGAUGAAAAUGAGGAAAUGCGGAAGUACGUGCAGGCUGAACUGAGGAAGCGGAAGGCGGACGUUGACGUUGGUGAUGGGGAAGCUCCUACGGCGAAAGUUCAAUCUGUUGAGGAUAAAUUGCUGUACAAGGCAGCAGAGAAAGUACGGCUGUUCAGAAGUGAAAGAAACGACGAGCUUUUAUCAAAUCAAAUGCUUGCUGGUAUACCUGAAGUUGACUUGGGUGUGAAUGCUAGAAUGAGUAACAUUAUUGAAACAGAAAAGAAGAAAACAGACAUGUUAAAGGAAGUAAUUGAAAAGAAGAGGAAUUUAAGUGAAGAUGCUCUCUUCCGACAAGAUCGAGCAAAGGACCUGUCGAAGAACUACGUGCAACAUUCUAUAUUUUAUAUGGAGUCAACAACUAAACUAGGACAGGAAGAUUGGCGUAAAAAGCUUGAUCGAGGCGUUGAUGAAGCCCGAAUGACACUUACUGACGCAGACCUCUCACGUGGUGAAGCCUCCAUCCACAAAUUGUGA